AUGCAAGACCUAACUGCUCAGGUUAAGAGCGGUCUACUGCGGUUUCCAGAGACGACACUUCAGGCACUAGGGGAAGAUGAGAUAGCCCUAGAUUCUGUGCUGUGCGGGAAGUUUUAUAGAGGGAGAAAUGGGCUAGCAUGGUUGGCGUGCGGCCCUCAACUUGAGGUGGUGAACUCUGUGACAGGAGAGUGGCGCUCUGCGUACCGUUUCCGUGGGAUAAAAAAAGAACAGCCUCCCAUUGUUCGUGUGGUAAAAGAGUUUUCCUGGCAGAAGAGGACUGGCCUAUUGAUUGGGUUGGAAGAAGCAGAGGGAAGUGUUCUCUGUCUGUAUGACCUUGGAAUAUCAAGAGUGGUUAAAGCUGUUGUUCUUCCAGGAAGGGUAACUGCUGUAGAACCCAUAACUAAUCACGGAGGAGCCAGUGUGAGCACUCGGCACCUACAUCAGAGUCUGCGAUGGCUCUUUGGAGUGGCAGCAGUGGCUACAGAUGUUGGCCAUCUGCUUCUGGUUGACCUUUGUUUGGAUGAUUUAUCUUGCAAUCAGAAUGAAAUAGAACCAUCAGAUCUAGAAGUUGUCACUAGAAUUCCUGCUGAAGUUCCGCAAAGAAGAGAAACUGCGACCAGAGAAGGGAGACAUCUCUGUUUUCAAUUACAAACCCCUUCAGGAACAGCCAUAUCAACCUUGUGCUACAUAAGCAGAAGCAAUCAGCUCGUCGUGGGUUUUUCAGAUGGCUACCUGUCACUAUGGAAUAUGAAAACUUUGAAGAGGGAGCACCAUGCUCAGCUUGAAGGAGGCCAGAUUCCCGUCUAUGCUGUUACUUUUCAAGAGCCUGAGAAUGAUCCUCGCAAUCGUUGCUAUUUGUGGGCUGUUCAGUCUACACAAGAAGAUGAAGGCGAUGUUGUGAGUUUACAUCUGUUACAGUUAGUGUUUGGUGACAGAAAACGCUUGGCAUCAGGACAAGUCAUGUAUGAGGGUUUGGAAUACUGUGACGAAAGGUACAGUUUAGAUCUCACGGGUGGAGUCUUUCCCAGGAGAGGGCAGACCAGCAAUACUAAAUUACUGAGCUGUCAAACUGUAGAAAAAUUUUGCAACCACGUUGACAGAGAGGAAAGCGUUAAUGAAGUAAUAUCGCCUGACACCAGUGUAUCCAUCUUCAGUUGGCAAGUGAAUACCUACGGUCAGGGAAAACCAUCUACUUAUUUGUGUGUAUUUGACAUUAAUCGCUGGUAUCACGCUCAAAUGCCAGAUUCGCUAAGGCCGGAAGAAUUUCUUUAUGAUUGCCCCUAUUUUGCAAUGUGGUCACUGGAUACUGUGAUAAACAUGACUUCUCCAAACCUCAUUUUGGAUAUUCUGGUACGUGAGCGGAGUCUAAGUCGGGGAGCUCCUCCUUCUUAUCCACCACCUGAGCAGUUUUUCCAUCCAAGCACCUAUAAUUUUGAUGGUACGUGCUUGCUGAACUCCGGAGUUGUCCAUAUGACUUGCACCGGCUUCCAGAAGGAGACCCUGAAGUUUUUAAAGAAAUCCGGUCCUUCGAUAAGUGAAGCCAUUCAUGAUAGCUACAGGAGGUGUCUUGUAGCUGGCUUGCUGUCUCCAAGACUAGCUGAUGUCCAGCCAUCCAGUUUGAGUCAGGAGGAGCAGUUGGAAGCAGUGUUGUCAGCUGCUGUCCAGACAGGUUCUUUAGAACUUCUGACUGGAUGCCUUAAACGUCAGGCAUCUGAAGGGCAGCCAAGUUCUGCUGCUAAUUUACGGUUUGUUCUUGAGUGGACGUGGAACAAAGAGAUCUAUACAAAAGAUGAGUUUGACCAAAUGUGUGUUCCGCUCUUUGACGGCUCUUGCAACUUCAUUGACCCACAGACUUUACAGUCUCUUCAGCACUGCCAGUUGCUUUUGAGCAACCUUAGCAGAGUCUUAAACUGUUUUCUAACUGAAAAAGGCUUUGCAAACUUGACAAAUAAGCGGAUGGUAGCUAGCCUCAUUUCUUUGUAUGCCCAAGUGGUCAUCUGGUUCUGUCGAUCCAGUCUCCUUCCGGAGGGUUUAGAUGAUGAUAUGCAUUUGUCUCGACCUUUCUACAAUUAUCCUCUGAUUCAGAGCUACUAUACUGGUCAUCGACAGAAACUUGAGCGUUUAUCAAGAGGAAAAUGGGAUUCUGACUGCUUGCUGAUUGACGGAAUGGUUUCCCAGUUAGGAGACCAAGUUGAGAAGUUGUGGCGGAGAGACAAAGGAGGGACUGGGAAAUAUCCCCCUGCUAGUUUACAUGCACUGCUGGAUCUCUAUUUGCUAGAAAGCGUUGAAGAAAGCGACAAACAUGCAAUUACAAUUUACUUGCUGCUAGACAUCAUGCACUCCUUUCCGAAUAAAGCAGAAACUGCAAUCGACUCCUUCCCAACUGCCUUUGCUAUCCCUUGGGGUCUGGUUAAGCUUAUUCAAGCUUUUUGGCUGCUAGAUCACAACGAUUAUGAAAACUCGCUGGCCCUGCUCCUUCACCCAGCUACGAUCAAAACUGUGUCAUGGCAACAUACGAGAAUUAUUCAGUCCCUCAUGUGCCAAGGGGAGCAUAGGCAAGCCCUCCGGUACAUCCAGAUGAUGAAGCCGCCAAUGUCAAGCAGUACUGAAGUGCGACUUUUCCUCACUGUGUUGUUGUCCAAUAGGUGCCUGGCAGAGGCUUGGGAUCUGUUUCAGCAACAUAAAACUACCUUAAACGUCGAAGAGCUGUUAAAACACAUGUAUGAAAUCUGUCAGGAGAUGGGACUAAUGGAAGACUUACUGAUGCUACCUUUCACCACCACUGAACAAGAGUGUUUUGAGAAGUUUUUACAGACCAACGCUGGUGUUCAGAGUCAUGAACAGCUUCUAGUCCACCGUCUGCAGAGUCCCAACUAUAUCCCAGCACUACAGUUGAAUCAGUCAAUGAAGGUUAAUCUUAUGAAUGAUUGUGAUCUUCACUUGAGGGAAAGAGCAGUUGCCAGAAAUUCAAUAUUAAACCGAUGUGGCAAGAUCCUUCCUAGAGUUCAAAGGAAGCUGGCUGCAGAGAGAGCCAAGCCUUACCAUUUGCCUUCAUCCAUCUUAAGAGGAGGCUCAAGACCAAAGCCAUUAUCAACAGUAACAAAGCAAGCUAAUGCAGGAAAUGUGCAUACAAGAGCAACUUUCAGCAGUAAUGCAUUGUCCAAAAUUGGAGAAGUCUGGGUAGGAGAUGAGCAGAAAACCAGUUUCUCACAACGUGAUAGGUAA